AUGCCUGAUUAUAAUCUUUCCAACCGAACGCCCGUUGUUUCAGUUGGGAAACUAGUUAGGCAAUUAACGAAACGAGAUGCAGAAAGAAACAUUCAUAAUUACGUCGGGAACAAAGUUGAACGGCAAACAUUGCCGAUACGAGCCCUCCUCGUAUUCCAUACCACUUCCGUUACUUUUCAAUCAGCAUCGAUCCAUGCCGCAAAUGAAUACAGGAGUUUCCUCUCCACUCUCCUAACUCUUCCCCCUAUGCUGUGGAUACCGCACCAAUUGGUCGGCGCACCCUUGGACCAUGCUGUCACGCUGGAAUGCUACACAGAGGCUCAUCCGACUUCUUUGAAUUACUGGACCAGGGAGGACGGUCUGAUGAUUCAGGGGAACCAGAAGCACAAGACUACUUCCAUGCCUGAGAAACCCUCGUACAAGACGCAUAUGACGCUCACGAUAUACGAUUUGCAGGAGGUGGAUUACGGUACCUACAAGUGCGUCGCGAAAAACCCACGUGGAGAGACCGAUGGCACGAUUCGUCUGUACAGUAAGUGUCGUUUGUUUACUCGCAUUUUAAAAUAUCCCGUGGGAACGUUUGUCGAGCUAAUGACGGAUCGUCGCGCUGAGCAUGCCAGUUAG